AUGGGUAGGAAAAAGAAAUCUUCGACAACAGAGGAAGAUGACAUUGGGAUGGAUACUGAUGGGCCAUCCUGUGAAACAAGCCUUUACGAGGUUAUUGGAGUUGAGAGAAGAGCUACUUCACAGGAGAUAAGGAGAGCAUAUCAUAAAUUGGCAUUGCGGCUUCACCCAGAUAAAAAUCCGGAUGAUGAGGAAGCUAAAGAGAAAUUCCAGCAGCUGCAGAAAGUCAUGUCGAUUUUAGGGGAUGAAGAGAAAAGAGCAGUCUAUGAUCAAACCGGCUCAGUUGAUGAUGCUGAUCUUUCUGGCGAUGCAUUUGAGAACUGGAGGGAUUUCUUCCAGGCAAUGUACAAGAAGGUCACCGAAGCAGAUAUUGAAGAGUUUGAGGCAAACUACAGGGGAUCUGAGUCAGAGAAGAAAGACUUAAUUGAGCUGUUCAACAAGUUUAAGGGUAAAAUGAACAGGCUGUUCUGCUCAAUGCUUUGCGCUGACCCCAAGCUUGAUUCACACCGUUUCAAAGCCAUCCUUGAUGAGGCCAUUGCAGCAGGAGAAGUGAAAUCAAGCAAGGCAUAUGAGAAGUGGGCAAAGAAAAUUUCAGAAUCGAAGCCGCCUCCAUCCAGGAAGAAGAAGCAGAAGUCAGCAAAAGAGUCAGAGACAGAUCUUGCCACGUUGAUUUUGCAGCGGAGAGAUGAGAGGAAAGGUAAAGUGGAUUCAAUGUUUUCAUCACUCAUCUCUAGGUAUGGUGGUAAUGCGGAAGCAGAGCCCAGUGAAGAAGAAUUCGAAGCUGCCAAGAGAAGGAUUGAAAACCGGAGACCAUCUAAGAAGUCCAAAGGAAAUGUUCUUCACCGGAAACAAAUGUCUUCAGGACAGACUCAAUAG